AUGUCGUUGGAAAUCCAUACCAUGAUUCGAGACCAUAUACUGGAGCCAGCACCGCUGACUCCGUCGUUCAUAUCUCCACUUUUUAUAAUAACGAAGAACAACGGAAAAAAUCGAGUCAUUUUCAACCUAAAAUCCUUAAAUCAGUUCAUGAAACCAGAACCUUUUCAUCUGUUUCAUCACCACCAAAUGCCAAACUUCUUACAAAAAGGCGAUUGGAUGGUGAAGCUGGAUCUCAGCCAAGCCUAUUACCAUAUACCGAUUUCCCUCGAACAUCGUUGCUUUCUGCGUAUCAGUUACGAGGGAAGGCUACUUCAAAUGACAUGUCUACCUUUUGGGUUGGCCAUAGCUCCGAAAAUGUUUGCGUCGGUGACAAAUUGGACAGCCGAGCUAUUGCGCCGUCAGGGCUUACGAGUGAUCGUUUACUUGGAUGAUUACUUACUGGUCCACCAGGACAGAACAAUUCUAAACUCCCAGGUUCUCAUAGCCAUGACCUUUUUGAAGAACCUGGGCUGGACCAUAAAUCUAGAGAAGUCGAUAUGCACUCCAACGAGGUCGAUCGAUUUUCUGGGUAUCACGUGGGACACACUAUCAAAUGCAAAGUCCUUACCCGUAGAAAAAGUAAUCAAAAUUCGUCAGUGCCUGAUAACACGCUUGUCAGCCGGCAAUUGGACCCUCAAGCAGGCCCAACGCCUCUUAGGGUAUCUCAAUUUUGCGACCUUCAUCACCCACCGGGGAAGGUUGCAUUGCCGAACGCUGCAGCGACACAGCAAUGCAUUAAGGAGAUUUCCUCGUUGCCCGAGUCCUCUUGCAGAGGAGGUGAAUCAAGACAUGGUAUGGUGGUUACACAACCUCAGUCACAAGACACCGAUUCAUUUCGAAACAAGGCAGGUGAAUUACAUUGUCACCGAUGCCUCGGAUCUACAAUGGGGAGCGCUAGUCAACAACAAACCUCUGAAAGGUUCUUGGACUCAAAGUCAGAUGGAGUGGCAUGGAGUCUCUUUGACAUCCGAAGUCCUAAAGAACUCGAUGGUAAUUCUGCAAAGCGACAGCAAAACUGUUGUAUCAUACAUAAAAAACGAAGGAGGAACAAGGUCCCAAAUGCUGUUAAAAUUGACAAAAGAUCUUCUGGCACUGACGGACAGUUUGAAUAUUGUACUUAUCCCUCACCACUUGCCGGGAAUGUACAACGUGGAAGCCGAUUACCUCUCGCGCAAUCGCAGGGGCGCCGAAUGGCAUCUCUUGAAAGAGGCAACCACGGACAUAUUCAGACGAUGGGGAACCCCCGAAAUAGAUCUUUUCGCUUCACGAGAGGCUCAUGUCGUGGCAAGUUAUGUGUCGCUAGACUUAUUAGACUCAAACGCUUGCUUUCACGACGCUUUCAGCAAAUGCUGGCGAUACGAUCUAGCGUGGAUAUUUCCACCGCCAGCGCUUCUACCACGAGUGCUGCACCAUCUCAACUUAUCCCAAGGGAAGUUCAUAAUAAUAGCACCCAGGUGGAGGAAGCCUUUUUGGCGGCCGGAUUUGAAAGGCCGAGCACUUGCACCCUCACUACCAAUACGGAAUCUAAGCAAAACCCUGGUAAAUACCGUAACGGGUCAACCUCCUCCUCAAGUACAGAAAUUACAAUUGGAAGCGUGGCUGAUUUUGGCUGGGAAUCUUUAA